CAGGCCACACCUCUCGCGAACCCAGCGGGCCGCAUCCGCAUCGCUUCCGCGGUAGCUGGUUGGCUGUGGUUCUACGCGGAGGGCUUCUCCGGGCCGGGUUCCUAGGAUGUCAGUGGCCUUCGUGCCGGACUGGAUGCGAGGCAAGGCGGAAGUAAAUCAGGAGACUAUCCAGCGGCUCCUGGAGGAGAAUGACCAGUUGAUCCGCUGCAUCGUGGAGUAUCAGAAUAAGGGCCGAGCGCAUGAGUGCGUCCAGUACCAGCAGGUGUUACACAGAAAUCUCAUUUAUCUGGCUACCAUUGCAGAUGCCAGCCCAACCAACACUGCAAAGGAAAUGGAAUAAUCUUCCAGCUGGCUGCUGUAAGGAGCAACUGAACACAGCCAAUUUCCCAUGAAAUGGAGCUGGGAUCUGUACCAGUCAGCCUUCUAAAACACACGUGAAGCCUCUGUGGCUUUUAAAAUUUAAAAAUGUGAAGAAAGCUACAAAAUUAGCCAUUCUCACUGUAAAACUUUAAGAAGGGUUCUAGCCCUUAACUGG